CUUCCCCUGACCGACUAGUUUGUUUUACAGUAACUAUAAAUUUGAUUGGAGCCGUGAGAUGAACAGCAGCAGCUCGCUCCUUCAACUCCUCGGCAAAUGCCAUUCCCUCAAAUCCUUAAAAUCAAUCCACACCCAUCUGCUUGUCUCUGGCGCCAUAAACUCCUGUGACCUCGUACUAAACAAGCUCCUCCGGUUGUACUUUCGUCUCGGCGCGCUAGACAAUGCACGCAACCUGUUCGACGAAAUUCCUCAACCGAACUCCUUUCACUGGACCGCCCUGAUUCGUGGGUGCGUCGAGAACUACAGGUACGAGGAAGCUUUUCAUUUAUUCAGACGGAUGCGAUUCGGUCCUGAGUCGCCCCUGAGUUUCACGAUAGCAUCGAUAUGUAAAGGCUUGGCAAGGGAAAAGAGGGCGGGAGAUAGGGAGUCACUUUACGGACUUGUUCUGAAGUGCGGGUUCGAUUCUGAUUUGACUGUUCAGAAUGCGGCUCUCGACCUGUUUAUGAGAUGUGGGAGGGUUGAUUUUUCUGCGAUGAUAUUUGACCGGAUGGGUGAAACGGAUGUUGUUUCUUGGAACACUAUGAUCUCAGGUUAUGGUAAUAAUGGCAAGGUGGAUGCUGCGAGAGAUUUGUUUGAUAAUUCUCCGGAGACGAAUGCUAUCUCGUGGAAAAGCAUGAUUGGAGGGUACAUCAAGGCCGGUGACAUGGAGGAGGCUAGCGCUCUGUUUGAGAAAAUGCCCUCCAGGGACUCGGCUUCAUGUAAUGUGAUGAUCACUGGAUACAUGGACAAGGGAGACCUUGUGGGGGCCCGCAGAGUUUUUGAAUCGAUACCCUCUCGUGAUGUUGGGGUCUGUAAUCUGAUGCUACUUGGGUUUGUUAAAUCAGGGGAUACAGAAUCGGCAGAAGAGUUCUUCAGUAAAAUGCCUGAAAAAAAUGUGGCAUCAUGGGCUAUAAUGAUAGAUGGAUAUGUGAAAUCAGGCAAUCUGGGGUUGGCAAGGCAACUGUUCGAUCAGAUGCCAAUGAGGAAUCUUGUCUCUUGGUCUACGAUGAUUGGAGGUUAUGUUAGGAAUGGUGAGCCUCGUAUGGCUCUAGAACUGUAUGAAUGCUUCAAGCAGCAGGGCAUUAAGCCUGAUGUUACUUUCAUUCUUGGAAUCAUAUCUGCUUGCUCUCACCUAGGAAUCUUAGAGAUAGCCGAAUCAAUCAUUCGUGAUUGCUUGGAUGGUUCAUCCUUUUCUAACUUACGUCUUGCUACAGGUCUCAUAGACAUGUAUGCAAAAUGCGGGAGCAUUGAGAGAGCCAUAAGAGUUUUUGAAGCAAUUCCCAAUAAGGAUUUGCUCUGUUAUAGCACCAUGAUUAAGGCAUUUGCAAAUCAUGGAAUGAGUCAAGAAGCGCUGUCCCUGUUCAGCAGGAUGCAGAGAGAAAAUAUGGAACCUGAUGCGAUAGCAUUUCUUGGAGUUCUGAGUGCUUGCAAUCAUGGUGGGCUCGUAAAGGAGGGGAGGAAAUACUUCAAUGAAAUGAUAGAGGAAUACCGAAUCCGCCCAUCGGAGAGACAUUAUGCUUGUAUGGUCGACCUCCUUGGGCGUGCAGGGUGCCUUAAUGAGGCCUAUGGUCUCCUAUGUAAGAUGCCAACGAAACCAAAUGCAGUUGUUUGGGGAGCUUUGCUUGCUGCUUGUAGGGUCCACCGGAACGUGGAAUUGGGUGAGGUUGCUGCUGCUGAGUUGUUCGAGAUUGAGCCCAGUAACUCGGGUAAUUACGUCUUAUUGUCCAGUCUGUAUGCAACUGCUGGAAGGUGGGAUGGUGUGGUGAAAGUAAGAACAAUGAUAAGAGAAAAUAAGGUCAGUAAGAAUAGGGGAUCAAGCUGGAUUGAGUUAGCAGGAAUGGUGCAUGAGUUUGUCAUGGGGGAUCUAUCACAUUUCGAUUCUGAGGCAAUAUAUUUUGUUUUGGAAUUACUUAAUGAAGAUAUAAGGUUUCUAGGACUAGGCAAGAAACUGUAGUUUGUGCGGAACAAGAGACUGUAGCAUAUGUAGAACAUAGAGACUGUAACGUGGAAUUAUUUAGACUGUAGCCUCCCCUGCCUCACGACCUCCGUCGCUGAAGAUUUAGCUCCCUAUUAAUGGACGGCAGAAACCCUACCGCUCAUGACCCAGGGAAGACUUGAGCAGGCAAGAAAUUGGUGAUUGAAGUCCACAGUUUUUCGAUCGACUGGCACGAGACCUUUGUCAUCUUCCUGUUGUUGAAGCUGGCCUUCAACAUAGGGCAGUGCCUGCACCGUGCCAUCACGCAGGACUCCUCUUCGUCUCCCACGCGCACAGGGACCACAGUAAUUUCAGGUUUGGAGUUCCCAAUGAGUUGUCGCCGAGCUUCAGAUAAUUAUUCAAUCUUUGGAAUCACGAAAUCUCAUUCCUGUCUAUGAAUUGUACUCAGUAAUGAGGCAUUCAUUUAUCAGGGAAGAGUGGCCAUGCAUGUUGAAAGUUGUGGGUUGUUCAGUCUGAAGCCUUCAACAGUUAUUGUGCCGUGUUCCAUGAAAGAAGACGUGGAUAGGCUUUUCACGGGGCAUAGAGAGAUGGAUGGUUCGGAUCUGAAGGUGGCAUGGAUGUUGGGAAUGUUCAACAAUUCGAAAGCUCCCAACAUUUUUAAGAUGAGAAUCCAGUUGUUACCUGUUUUCCUCAGUUCUUUCUGUACUUGCAUUAUUCUCAAUCCUAUAAAUUAUGCGUGCAGGAGAGGAGAUUUCUAUGCGGAAAGAUCUUAAAGUAAAAGCUUUUAGGGUCCCAUGUUAUCCCGAGCCAGGCCGGUCCCGAUUUUUCUUCUUUGUAUUCUCUCAGUGUAUAUUUCAUAGGAAGGAUAAUCACUUAUCAAGAUUAUAGAAGUUCCAUUUCUCCUUCUGUUGUUACCCGGGAUAUGUAGUGUACUCUGUGAAGCAGAAACUGAAGCAGGACUAUGCAGGGCUUUCUGGCUGCGGGAUUUGGGAUUUGAGGUUAGCUGGUGUUGAGGUGGGCAGAUUUUUCUCAUUGUGGGUUAAGCUUUUAUUCAGGAGACAUGACUGCAUUUGUUUCUGCUUUGUUAAGUUCCAAUUUGUGUUUUUUAAGAUUAUUUUUAUCUUAUCUCAAUGCAUAAAUUGCAAGGAUUUUUUGAA